UCGGCCGCCGCCUCCGGGUCGGGCCGGGCCGGCAGGAGUCUGGGCGCGCCGCGCCGUCCGCCGCCCGCACCCCAGGCCCGCGGGCUGCUGACGGAGAUCCGCACCGCCGUGCGCACCGAGCCCUUCCAGGACGGCUACAGCCUGAGCCCAGGCCGCGAGCUGGGCAGGGGGAAAUUUGCAGUGGUGAGGAAAUGUAUAAAGAAAGAUUCUGGAACAGAAUUUGCAGCAAAGUUCAUGAGAAAAAGAAGAAAAGGUCAAGAUUGUCGGAUGGAAAUAAUUCAUGAGAUUGCAGUUCUCGAACUAGCACAAGACAAUCCUUGGGUCAUUAAUUUACAUGAAGUCUAUGAAACUCCGUCAGAAAUGAUCUUGGUUCUGGAAUACGCUGCUGGGGGUGAAAUCUUUGACCAGUGUGUUGCAGAGAGAGAAGAAGCCUUUAAAGAAAAAGAUGUUCAGAGGCUCAUGAGGCAGAUAUUAGAAGGUGUCCGCUUUUUACAUGCUCAUGACGUAGUCCAUCUUGAUUUGAAGCCUCAGAAUAUUCUUCUGACAAGUGAAUCUCCACUGGGUGACAUUAAGAUAGUUGAUUUCGGUCUUUCGAGAAUAAUGAAGAACAGUGAAGAGCUCCGAGAAAUUAUGGGUACUCCGGAAUAUGUGGCUCCCGAAAUUCUUAGUUAUGAUCCUAUCAGCAUGGCGACGGAUAUGUGGAGCAUUGGAGUGUUAACAUACGUCAUGCUCACAGGAGUGUCACCUUUCUUAGGUGAUAAUAAGCAAGAAACAUUCCUAAACAUCUCUCGGAUGAGUUUAAGUUAUUCUGAGGAAGAAUUUGAUGUUGUGUCUGAGUCAGCUAUUGACUUCAUCAAGACACUUUUAGUUAAAAAACCUGAAGAUCGAGCCACAGCCGAAGAAUGUCUAAAACAUCCGUGGUUGACAGACAGCAGUAUUCAGGAUCCUUCUUUCAAGGUGAAAGGGGCAUUAGAAGAAGCAGAUGCACUCCAAGAAGGUGAUUCUGUGCCUGAAAUUCACUCAGAUGCUCAGAAACCUGAAACCGAGCAAUCAGUGGUAGCAGAAGAGUUAAUUGUAUUUACUUCGUAUACUUUAGGACAAUGCAGACAGUCUGAAAAAGAGAAAAUGGAGCAAAAGGCCAUUCCCAAACGAUUUAAAUUUGAGGAACCUUUGCUACAAGAGAUUCCAGGAGAAUUUAUCUACUGAGCAGUACUUCCCUUUAGAACUUUAAGAUUUCUGCAUUGAGAACAUUAUUAUUAUUUAUGGACUUGUGGCCAAAUGGUACAUGUACUGAAAGUGGAUAAACCAGGGAUUGCUGAUAGAAAGUCAAAUAACUUUGCCAAACUUGUGGAGUUAGACAUAUCAAGACAGAUUUGUAAAGUUGCCAACCAGGAGUUUUAACGGGUAAAGUUAUCUGUGUCAAUGUUAUUUUUUAAGAAGGGAGAUGUUUGAAACUUUUACUUCUAAAUCUUGUUUCUCCAGAAUGAGAAUUCGUUAUGCAAAGGUAUCUGUAUUUACUUUGUUUAAAAACCAAGUAAAAAUGCCAAAUUAACAUCUUUGUACAUCUAUUUUGCAUUGUAUCUGUAUCUGCAUAUAUGUUUGUUGAUAUCUUUGCUAAAAUUGAUACUUUUUCACUUGAGAUUUUUUGGGGGGAAUAAGCUUUUUAACUAGGUGUCUUCCAAAUUUUGAGUCCUAGAAUAACAUCCACUUGAGUUUGAUAAUGUCUUAUUUUUAUAUUUUACUACUGCUUUAUAUUGACUUGAUUUGACUUCUGUGGUCUUUGUUUUUGCCUAAUGCUUGUAACCUAUCAGUGAAAAGCCCUGGCUAAUUUAUUUUUCUUCAGUGUCACUAAUAAGAGUGGUGUUGAUGUUUCACCUCAAACUAUUCUGGCUUUAAGAUCAAGGUUAAGUAAUCCUGUAACAUGAAACCAGUGCUGACUUAAGGUCAAGGUUAAGUAAUCCUGUCACAUGAAACCAGUGCUGACUUAAGGUCAAGGUUAAGUAAUCCUGUCACAUGAAACCAGUGCUGACUUCUCCCCGUUGCCCUCACCACACCUUACUUGUCUGCUCUCUCUCAGGAGACGGCACCCCUGCCACCUUCUCACAUGUUUGUCCCCUAACUUCGGUCACUUGCAAGUGUCGGUGUGAUCUGAUCAACACAGUCGUUGCUUUGGUCAGUGAAAAGACACUAUUUUAUUGGUUUUGGUACUCAGACCCCCCAGGGAGGGGUAAGAGAUGAAGCGUGUUCGUCCGAGCCAGGGAGCCGCUGCUUCUGCGGGGUUCCUUAGCCCUCAGACUACACUAGGACAUGUGGUAAAACGCCAAACUAUUUAUCAACUUUAUUUUGUUCACAAAACAUUUGACACUGGAUACUUUGUCAUCAGGGAAGAAGCCAUGUUCCCAGAAGACUGACAAGAGUAUACGCGACAGAAUUUAACUGGGUUAGGAUCGAACAUUUCAGUUGUACCAGGCCCCACAGUGAGCAGUCCAUUCCUAUGAAAAAUGGAAAUGUGCACGUGUACGCCUGUAACUUACAGCAACUAAACUUCCUUCUCACACCAAGAA